GCAGUGAACCAUCAGAGCCUCAUCAUGAAAGUCCGUCACACUCUGAUCUGCUUCUUCUUCCUUUCUCUGCAGGAGGGAAACCCUGAAGUCAACAACAACAAAAACAUUUCAUUUGGAGUCGUUGGAGGAAAUCUUACAGCUGAAUUCAGGUUUUCUGCUGGAACAUGGAAAAUAUUCUGCAGAGGAGAAUGUGAAGGAGAAAACAUUCUUAUUAAUACAACAGAUGAGAAGCAUCAACGUCAAAGAUACAGCACUGAAUAUAUAACUGUAGAAUAUGCUCCUGCUUUGUCUGUGAACAUCACACAGCUGAUCAUGUCUGAUGCUGGACAGUACAGCUGUGCUGUGGCUGAAUCUCCAUCAUCAGUUUCAUACAAACAGUUUGAAGUUGUUGUUGCUGAAGCACUGCUGGAUGGAAACGAUGAUCAGCUGAAACACUUUGAUAAAGAAACUGGAAGCUCUCUCACAGUCGGAUGUUCCUUUAAUCCGGCUGGAGGACAUAAGUACCUCUGCAGAGGAGAAUGUGGAGAGCAUGAGGUUCUUCUUCAAACAGAUGGUGAAGAUGAUUUCAAAAACAGAUACAGAAUUGGAUUUAGAGGAACGUCAGAGGAGAAAUAUAAAGGAGGAGGAAUUCUGUAUGUGACGAUCACACAGCUGACUGAGUCUGACUCAGGACGGUACAGAUGUUCUCUGAAUCCAGCUGUUGGUCAAGGUUCAUUCAGAGACUUUGAGAUCAACGUCACAGAUGCAGUCGUCCAAUCAGCCUCCUCACCUUCACUCACCACUGAGCAGCCCGAGAAAACAUCUGAAGGUACCACUGUGUCCACAGAUGGUUUGCCGUCUGUGGGUCUGACUGUGGCUGUCAUCAUCAUCAUCAUCAUCAUCAUCCUUUUAUCAGUGUCUGUGCUGAUAUUCUGCAAGAAAAGAUCUGCAAAGAGUCAUCCUGUGGAAAUAGAGUACGCUGCUGUCACAGAGACCACCAACGCCGUGUAUGAGGAAAUCAGAGACGAGGGCGGACAGAAAGGAGCCGCUCCUGUGGAAAUCAGUUCAGUUUAUGCUUUGGCCAAAUACAACAACACGCCUGAAACCACCGAUGAUUACAGCGUGAUCACUGCAGCCACGCCUGAGCACAGCGCUGAAGACGACUCGAGCAAACUCACCAAAUCUGAGCUGAAUAGUUCAAAAGCAGACGUGGACUCUCCCAGCAGCACCUCGCCUGAGCCUCAGGGAGACGCAGGCUCUGACCCAAGCGCCUCUCUGGAAAAUCCACUGUAUUCUACUGCAGACUAGCUUCUGUUCUGCUGAUGGCAUAUUUUCUCCUGCAGGGUUCAAAAUGAAGUCGUUCUCUCACAAAAUGUGAGAUUCUUUUAAUUCAACGAUGUGACAGUUUGAGGGAAACAGUUGAAUACAGGGAGAGUUUUGACUUUCUGACACACGAGCUUUAACCAUGGGAAGAAAUUCUGCUGCUGGCUGAAGUAACCAAACUGAAAACUCGGUUAAAGUUUCAUAUUUUACACGUUCAUGCUUUACAGUCUCAUCCCUACAUGAGUUUGUUUUUCUUUACACUUAGCCAGAAGUAAACCGUUAAGAGUACAGACUGAACAUUUUACUGAGCUAAAGCUAAUAACUGUUUAUUAAUUUUAUGAAUAAAUGCUGAUUGUUUUUUAAGUGAAGUGGGGAGUGUUAUUGGCAGAAGUGUCCUUCUGCACAUUCACAUGAGGUCAUAAUAAGGAUUUGUUGUGUGAGCAUCUUUGCUUACCAACCAUGUUCACUAUUACAUGUUUCAUGCUAAUGUUCUUUAAAGCUAAUGUAUUUAUUUAUUUUAAAUUGUUCUGCAGAGUAGCUGUCAAAUAAAU